AGUCGCUAACGUCGCUCUGCCGUCGAGGUCAGACUCUUAUUUUGUUAUUUAGUCCACGUCACUCCUCCGUCCGCCAGCUAGUGCCAUGGCGGCGUCCCGGCUGCAGAUGAACUUCGUGCGGCUGCUGGCGGAGUGUGAGAGCAGAGCGGGAGAGAACAGGCAGGAGGACCGGCGGAGGGAGGGCUGGAGGCUGGAACAGUACGUUGCUGCCCUGGAGGAGAUGCUGGUGGCUCUGAGGAAGAGUGCGAGCAAACCGUCUGCAGAGCUGCUGACCGACUACACCCGAAAAGUGGACUUCCUCAAAGGCCUGAUAGAGGCGGAGAAACUGUCGUCCCCGACAGAAAAAGCUUUAGCCAAUCAGUUUCUGGCCCCUGGCCGGACGCCUACGAUCUCCACUGAGCGGAUGCCGGCCUCGAAGACCGUCCACAUGCAGAGUAAAGCGCGGUGUACGGGGGAGAUGCGCUCGGAGCUGCUGGGCUCAGCUGCCGCAAGCGCUGGUUUAUCUGAGACCGAACUCCGACACCGAAGCCGCAGCGUUCCCGUAGACGAGCGUCAGAGUGCGGCGGAGCUGGACGCGGUGCUGCAGCAUCACCACAGCGUGCAGGAGAAACUGGCCGAGGACAUGCUGAACCUCGCACGCAACCUCAAAAACAACACGCUCGCCGCCCAGAACAUCAUCAAACAGGACAACCAGACACUGACUCAGUCCAUGAGGCAGGCCGACAUAAACUUCGAGAAGCUGAAGUUGGAGUCGGAGCGUCUGGAGCAACACGCGAAAAAAUCCGUCAACUGGUUUUUCUGGCUGAUGCUCAUAUUAGUCUCCUUCACCUUUAUCAGUAUGAUCCUGUUCAUAAGGCUGUUCCCCAGACUCAGAUGAUACGGCGAGUGAGUGGCAUCCGACUCGAGCAGCAGGUUUAACACACGUGGGCAUCAGCGUCCUGUGUGUGGAUACAGACGCCACUGAAGUCAGACUGGUUGAAAGUGGGGCUGCACGACGGGCGAAAUGACUUAUAUGCAGUUAUAUUGCUACUUAUUGCACUUAUGAAGUAACUCAUUAGUAAAUCAGUAAUGUGGUGGCUACAGAUUGACCUGCAUUAUUUUGACCAAAAUAAUUGACUUUUGUUGGAUUAAAUGGUCAUUCACAACACACAGCACCAAGAUUGGUUGGAGGGUUAUUUGCAUAUUAAGACCUCUAAAGCUGUGCGUCGUUCUGUGGUCGCCUUUAAUGCCUGUAUUUGGAUUUCCGGGUCUAAGCUGUUUUUUCUGUGUGAAAAAGCUGAUGCGUUUUGUCCCGUGUCCAGAGUGUCACUUGAUCUGCUGAGGAUCUUCAGGAGGAUGUUUAGCAGUCAAAAUAGAAAUAAUGCUACAUACAUAAUAAUGCCACACGCAAGCCAACGCUUCUGCACGCUGAAGUGACAUUGAAUGAAAAUAAGUCUACUACUAAAAUUCAGGCUGCAGCCUGAAGCCACCAAAGCCUCUAAACUACUACAUUUGACAAAGCUUGCUAGUUUGGGUGGGGAGGUUUGGUUUUCCCCGAUAGCAAGAGGAUAGUGGGCCACUGUCGGCCGGCUGAUGGCAAAGCUGGCGGUCCGCUGGCGUUUGGCUCAGCGGUUUCCAAGCAGCCCACCGGUAGUAAAUAAGAGUAUUGCACAAAAUUCAACUUUAUUAUCUCUUAUUUUCCACUCAUAGUCCAAAUAAAUUUCCCUGUACUUUGUAAAUUAGUUUAGUAAAUAAUUUUGAUCAAGCUCAGUGUCAAAUAUUUUCAACGCAAUUUUAUAUCAGGCCUAGUCUUGUUUUUUUUUUUCUCUCAGUUUGUAAUAUUUGUCUUAGUUUUUUUUAUGUGUGUGUAUUUUUUCCAUGGGAGACACUCAAAAGCACGUAAUGACAACAUACAAUUCCAUGCAUGUGUUAAUUUCCAAUUACAUAUCCUUUCAUAUCUCUACAUCCAAUGAAUAAAAGACAAAAAAUAAUCAUAAAAUAAAUUUAAAAACUGUCAGGAGUGCUCGCAUUGUAUCUCUACAAACUCUGGUCCUACUGUCUUAGUUUACUUUCUAAAAUAAAAGUCUAUGUGCACUAAAAGUCUGUUUGAGGAGAUGCUAGUUGGAUCUUGUACGCAGGACAGUCGGGGUGGUCCAAGGGAGACCAGCAGUGGAAAGCGGUCAUCGGGGUGCCGUUCUAUCAAGCCAGUGGACCGAUGUGUGGUUGUUAUCUGGGAUUUUGGUGAGGUUAUGUCAUUUCGGUGUGCAGCAGCGUCAGCCUGUGAGCAGCAAUAGUUGUAUUUCAGCUCUUUAAUGAUCUCCUAAUUCUAAGUUUCUGGCCAAGUGCAGAGGAAAAUCAGCCGUAUGGCAAAACGUAUCGGCUUUGGAGCAUUUUAUUUAACCGGCUUCGAACCGGAGUUCCUAAAAUGAUGACUUUCCUGCAGAAAGAUGACAUGACUUUAAAAGUCUGUUGCAAACUGCUGUAAUAAAUGACUUUGUCAUCUCUGUUGGUCCAA